GAUUCUUUGUCAACCCUUUGCAGCUGCCAUGGCCGCCGGUCAGAUAGCCUACACAGGACAAGAAAUCGCUCCGGCGGUGCCCCUGUGGCUAAACAAAGGAGACAACGCAUGGCAAAUGACGGCAUCGACUCUGGUGGGAAUUCAGAGUAUGCCUGGACUUGUUAUCCUCUAUGCGAGUAUUGUGAAGAAAAAAUGGGCAGUAAACUCGGCUUUUAUGGCACUUUAUGCCUUUGCGGCGGUUCUGAUUUGCUGGGUCCUUUUAUGUUACCGUAUGGCCUUUGGUGACGAGCUCCUCCCUUUUUGGGGGAAGGGAGCACCGGCUCUUAGCCAAGGCUAUCUCGUUGGCCGAGCCAAAGUUCCCGAGAGGGUCGCCACGGAGCCUUUGUAUCCCAUGGCAACGCUUGUGUAUUUCCAAUUCACUUUUGCUGCUAUUACUCUUAUUCUGCUCGCUGGUUCGGUUCUUGGUCGCAUGGAUAUCAGAGCGUGGAUGGCGUUUGUGCCACUUUGGCUUAUAUUCUCGUAUACCGUCGGAGCUUAUAGCCUCUGGGGUGGAGGCUUUCUCUAUCGAUGGGGUGCCAUCGAUUACUCCGGCGGAUACGUGAUUCACCUCUCCUCCGGGAUCUCCGGUCUCACAGCUGCAUACUGGGUAGGCCCCAGGAUCAAAAGCGACAGAGAUCGGUUUCCUCCCAACAACGUUCUGCUGAUGCUCGCGGGUGCCGGGUUGCUAUGGAUGGGAUGGUCUGGGUUCAACGGAGGAGCCCCGUAUGCCGCUAACAUCGACUCUUCAAUAGCAGUACUCAACACAAAUGUUUCCGCAGCAACUAGCAUUCUCGUCUGGACAUGUCUCGACGUCAUAUUCUUCGGGAAACCUUCCGUUAUCGGCGCCGUUCAAGGAAUGAUAACAGGGCUCGCCUGCAUCACACCGGGAGCAGGCUUGGUGCAAUCAUGGGCUGCUAUAGUCAUGGGAAUGCUCGCCGGCAGUGUUCCAUGGGUAUCCAUGAUGAUUAUUCACAAAAAAAGCAGCUGGUUACAAAAGGUAGAUGAUGCUCUGGGUGUGUUUCACACGCACGCGGUGGCCGGUCUGAUGGGCGGUCUCGUCACGGGGCUAUUAGCGGAGCCAAACCUCUGCAAGCUGAUACUUUCGAGUAACACGAGGGGUGCAUUUUAUGGAGGGAAUGGAGGGGUUCAAUUCGCUAAGCAAAUAGUAGCGGCCUUGUUUGUUAUUGCUUGGAAUGUAAUGUCCACGACUUUGAUUCUACUAGUAAUAAGGCUAUUUAUACCAUUGAGAAUGCCGGAUAACCAGCUCGAGAUCGGAGAUGAUGCCGUCCACGGAGAAGAAGCGUAUGCCCUUUGGGGUGACGGAGAACAAUAUGACCAAAGAAAGCAUGGUUGGCAUGCGUCGGAGAUGACUUCACCUUCACCUUACGUCAAUGGUGCAAGAGGAGUAACCAUCAACUUGUAAUUAGCUGCGCAUAUAUACAUAUGCAUUGGUUUCGAGUUUCCGCUAUACCGUUUUGUAUUAUGUGAUUAAUUAGUUCAACUACUUUUAUCGUGCCAAAUGUUGAACCAAAAUUUUAUUUAUCGCCUGUAGAAUACA